AUGAAAGUUUUUAAUACAAAGCUUCAAACGGUAGUGAGAGAACAACUUACUGCGGAAGGACAUCCAUUACCUUCAGAAGUUACCAUAGCAUAUAAUUUUGAAACAAACUCAAUAGAUUUUAAAGUCGUCUCUGCAAAGAAGUCAGGUUUUACAUUUAAUGAAGCAGAUGUAUAUUCGAAUGAAAACUUCAAAGCUAUUGCAUGGUUAUAUAAUGACGAUUGCUUUAAGAAAAUAUUUAAAUUCAGUGACUCAAAGAUGUCAAUAGAUGACCUUCGUGGAAUGUUACCAUCGACGUUUACAGUAGAAGGUUCAGCAGGAUUGCUUACAAGAUUGUCAAUUGGUGGUAUUUGGUCUCGUGAGAACAUUGUUAUAAAAUCCAGUAUAAGUGAAUUUGCUGAAGAAUCUAUAUUAUGUCUUUCAAACUACAUGUAUUCGCCGCCGAAGCAUUAUAGUAUAACAAACUUUGUCAGUAAGUUUAACAUAAGACUUGUCGAACCUUCUUCAAUGAAAGAUGUUGUGCUACCUAAAGAUGGAAAGGAUGGACUCAUUAUUGAGAUGAUUUUAAUAGCAUAUUAA